GGGAGCAGGGGGCGGGGGAGGAAGCGGGCUGGCCGGGAGAGAGGGGAUAUUCCUCUCCCAGCUUGAGUCAGACCCAGGCAGGCGGAUCUGGCCAUCCCCGCCCCACCCCCACCCCUCCCCCGAGACUGGAACUUACUUCAUUUCCCUAGGGCAGGUUCGCCCACACGGCCAAAACCAGACCAAAUCCCCUCCCCAGUGCCUGCCUGCUAGUACGCACCCCACCCAAUAUCACUCCGAGGGUCUGGGCCAUGGAUUCCCCCCCUCCGCCCCUCACCCCUCUGUUCGGGGAAGGCAGCCGCCGCCGACACCGGGGCGCAGAGGGAAGCAGAGGGAGGGGGGCGCGAUCAGGAUGGGGGCGAGGAAAGGAGGAUGUGUGUGUCGGGGGAGGGCUCCCUUUCAGCAGCCCAAGCGUUGUCCAACACGUGAGCCUCAUGUGAUGGAGAGGAGGGGAAGGUGGCGAGGAGGGAGGUGCUGGGGGAGGGGGUGGGGGCAGGUCGCUCCUUCCCUCCCCGGCAGCAACCAGACGUGCCUGGAGUCACAGGGUGGAACACGUAGCUCCAAUCCACCCACUCGCUCACAUUUAACCCAGCCUGCAGCCUCCCCAUUACUCCUCGGCUUGGCCCCCCCCCUUCCACCACCAACCAGCCUUCCUCCUCCCCCCCCCCCUUCUCCGUCCCUCCCUCCCUCCCUCCCCACCAGCUCAUUCACUUGGCUUGCACGGUCCAGACGGCGCAGGGAGAACAGAAAGCCAGUCUGUGCGGGCAGACAGACCCGAGAGGCAGCGGCAGAGAGGGGACUCCCGCACGCCGCGAGCGGAGUCGCGCGCAUCUCUCCCUUCGCACCUCCAGCCACAGCCGGCGCAUCUUCUUCUCUACGGGCUCCAGCGGGUUAAGCGCAAGGGACUUCUCGCAGCUAAGGGAAAGAAAUCAAGUGACUUCGUAGGGUUUCUUCUACUAGUGAGGGGGGCCGCCCGGUCCGCGAGUCUCAGACCAGAAGGCUUUAAGUUUUCCGCCCCGUCGCUGUGCCAUGGAAAGGAUCACCAGCGCCCAGCCGCCCCCCGCCUGCCUGGGCAAAGUGCCGGGACUGGAGCCCAGCGAGAUGGCAGGGAUGGAUUUUACCCACAUUUACCAAGUGUACAAACCGAGGAGGGGAUUAAAAAGGAGUGAGGAUAACAAGGAGACCUAUAAAUUGCCGCACCGACUGAUAGAGAAGAAAAGACGUGAUCGGAUUAAUGAGUGCAUCGCCCAGCUGAAAGAUCUCUUACCCGAACAUCUCAAACUUACUACCUUGGGUCACUUGGAGAAGGCGGUGGUCCUGGAGCUUACCUUGAAGCAUGUGAAAGCACUCACCAACCUAAUUGACCAACAACAACAGAAGAUUAUGGCUCUUCAGAGUGGCUUACAAGCAGGUGAGCUAUCCUCAAGAAACCUCGAUGCCAGCCAGGAGAUGUUCUGCUCUGGUUUCCAAACGUGUGCCAGGGAGGUGCUGCAGUACCUGGCAAAGCAUGAAAGUAGUCGGGAUCUGAAAUCUUCCCAACUGGUCAGCCACCUCCACCGCAUGGUCUCUGAGGUCCUGCAGGGUGGAGCUGUCUACAAGCCUAGUGAUCCCGCCCCCAAAAUGAUGGACUUCAAAGAGAAGCCCAGCUCCCUGACCAAAGCCACUGAAGGGCACGGGAAAAACUGUGUACCGGUCAUCCAAAGGACUUUUGCCCAUUCAAGCGGCGAGCAGAGCGGAAGCGAUACAGACACUGACAGUGGUUACGGAGGCGAGUUGGAGAAAAGUGACUCUAAAGCCGACCAGCAGUAUUUUAAAAAUGAUAACGAACAUAAAUACCCCCUGGGAGAGAGAAUAAGCGCCAUUAAGCAAGAGUCCGAAGACCCUCCUGCAAAAAAGACCAGACUAGAAAUGCCCGACCGGGAGAGCCAUUUUAGCAGUGAGCUGAUUGGGUCUUCCUUUCUAGGGCCUCAUCCUCACCAACCUCCCUUCUGCCUGCCUUUUUAUUUGAUCCCACCGUCAGCAACAGCCUAUCUGCCCAUGUUGGAGAAAUGCUGGUAUCCCACCUCCGUCCCAGUCUUGUACCCUGGGCUCCCUGCUUCAGCCGCAGCUCUCACCGGCUUCAUGAACCCAGAGAAGAUCCCUCCUCCUUUGCUGAUGCCCCAAAGACUCCCUUCUCCGUUGCCCUCCCAUUCGUCCAUCGACUCUUCAGCUCUGCUCCAGGCUCUGAAGCAGAUUCCACCUUUAAACUUGGAAACCAAAGACUAAAUAGCCAGAGUGGCCCUCCCUGCCCUCUUUUAUUUCCGCCCCUUAAAAAAAAAGUCUAGUGAGACUGAGUUUGUAUAUUUAGAUAAAUGGAGGUGUGGAAGUUAGACCUGUGUGUGUGUGUGUGUGUGUGUGUGUGUGUGUGUGUGUGUGUGUGAGAGAGAGAGAGAGAGAGAGAGAGAGAGAGAGAGAGAGAUUAGUGUGGGUUGGCGUGCAUGAGUAUAGGAUGACAUGGAAGCCACAUUUGGCUCUAGCAGUCAGAAAGCUUAGGGAAAACAUGAAGGAUGGACCAGGUUAACAUAUGUAGGGUUUGGGGUUGUUUGGCAUCAUUUUGUUUGAAUCAAACCUCCUACAAGAUUUUACCCACCCAGAAAACAAAGUCAACUGAGUUCUUCAAAACUGUGAAUUGUGUUCAGUUACCCAGAUUGCAAGUUGGGGAGAGGGCUCUGGGGAGGGCUUUUUUGAUUUUCUUUUUGUGAACUGGAAUAUGGUACUUUUCAUGGGAGGACUUGACAAAGCACAGCUCCCCACCAGGCCUGCAGCUUGAGACGGACUUAUUCCACCCCACCCAUCUCCCAGUAUUUUCCGUGUGACUCACACACAAAGGGCAGUCCGUCUGAGCCCUGGUGUUUGUUCAUCUCGAUCCAAAAGCUGUAAAGUAGCCCCCACUGGCAUUGUCCCCGAGUGUUUCAGGGACACUCUAGACGGCUUUCUCUCCACACCUUGGCCUUGAAUGGGUACAGAGAGCAUAGUUGCUGCUUAAGCUUGAUAGGGUAAUUAUCCAUUAAGGAACUAAAAUGUGCCCUGUUGGACAACCUGAACUGCCAAAGAAGGAGUGAGGAGUGCCCCUCGAGACUUCUUUGGCACCCGAUUCUUGCUGCCUUUUAUGACUCCUGCCCAGGAAGGCAGCGAGCCCCAAUUUCAAAGAGCUGCUUUAAGUUACAAGAGCGGCUUUCGACCCACCAUGCCAGGGCAUGAAUCGCUACCUUAAAUGAGCAAAUUUGAAUGCAGCUUAUUUUUUCAAUGAAACUCCUGCCGACCAGUCUUAGCUCCUCAUCUGCCUGACCACCCUAGACCAGAUCGUUUCUGCAGUGAUGAUGCCCCUGUCUGAUUCUGAUGGCUUACAGCAACUUUCUCAACUGCAAAAAAAAAAGAAAAAACAAGUCUGUCUCCUUAGUUUUCCAAAACAUUGUGUCCAGUCAUUGUUUUCUGAAUUGUCUGUCUACAACUACACCAGCUAUUGAAUGCACUAUGCUUGACUGUGUUUUAAUCUUCUUUUGGGGUAUAAAGUUAUUGCCUUUAUUUGUAAAACUUAUAUAUAUUAUAUAUAAAUAUAUUCAAAAGUCAAAUGUUUCGGAUGUUUAUUUGUAUAAUUACUUGAUCAGAACAAGUGAGAAACAUGAAUGUAUUUCUGUUUUCAGAGAGAAGAAUAAUUUUCUCUAGGGAGAGGUACAGUGUUUAUAUUCCGGAGCCUCCUUGAAGGUGUAAAAUUGUAAAUAUUUUUAUCUAUAAGUAAAUGUUAAGUAGCUGUUUUCAAAUACUUAAUAAAAACCAUCAUUUUCCUGUGGAAGAGAA